AUGUCUACCCACGAUGACAAAACCAUAGCACUUUUGCACCUCCUAGACGAGUAUGAGCAACUAUCCAAUCGAUACCGAGCAAACUUUAUCCAAGGACACCAGAACUUGAGUCGCGCUAGUUUCCAAAAUAUCAGUGUCAGUAAAAGUCGCUUUGGCUUGGACAUGUUUGACUUGCGACCUUACCCAGCUUGUAAAACCAUUGAGUCUGGUGACGAAGCAAGCUCUUGUUUUGUUGUUGUUGACCGAUUGAAGACUCAGAAAGAACGAGAAGAGCAAGAAGAGCUAGAAGAAGAAACGAGCAGCGAAAAGGCGGAGCAGGCGACGCCGAUGGAGAUCAGUAAUAGGAAAACGAAGCUGCUGAAAGCAAAGUUGGAGAAAGACACACUGGUGGUGACAAUUGACGAAAAUGACGAAAAAGAACCCCAAUUUAAAGACCCGAUUGUCCAAUUUGGCGCAUUCGCCCCAAAAGAAUUGAAAACCAGCCAAGCAAACUUUAGCGCGGCGUUGCUCGAUUCAAUCAGUUUAAUCAACUUGCGGCACAAGAUAUCCAACUUGGUGACCGAAUUAGAGACGAACCAAUGA